AGAGAGAGAAUCCUUUUUGUUCGUUCUCUCUUCUGCGUGUAGAAUCGCGACUCCGAAAGAAAAUGGGAAAAUCGAAAGCGAGCAAAAAGCGCGCGAAGGACGUAGCCAACGACGUAAACGCGGCGGAGGUAGCCAUGGCGAAGGCGGUUCAGAGUUUGCAGGAAAUAUUCAGGGAACACUCCGAACAAGAGAUCCGUGCAGCGCUUCUAGAAUGCAAUAUGAACCAAAACUUUGCCAUCGAUCGUCUUCUUUCUCAGCAAGAGAGGAGUAAUGAGCAAGGAGCCAGUACUCAGUUACCUGAUUCAUCUACUACUUCUUCAACUGUCCUUGUUCCAACUCAAAGUGAUGUUACAAAUGGUGAAGCCAGGAGUGUGCCAACUAGUUCGAAUGAAGCAGCCCCUUCCUUGCCUGUGCCAUCAUCUAUUAGGUAUCAAUCUGUUUGA